AUCUACAGACUACAGGCAGCCCUCUUGUGUCUUGCAGAAGUUUUUUUCCCUCCAGAAGAACCUUUUUUUUUUCCUCAUAGGACUGUCUGUUUGUAGUUGUGCAUAUGAAGGCUUUGAAACUUGCAUAGAAAUCAACAAAAGCAUAAAGGAUACGGCAUUCUACAUUCAUUAAAAAAGGGUCCGCAGGAAGAAUGUUGGGUUUUAAUGUCACAAGAACAUUUGUCGUGUUACUCAUCCUGACAGUGGAAGCAGCUUGUGUGGAAAUAAAUGAAGGAGAAUUCUUAAACAAAGUUUCCAAGCUGCUGGCCACAGAGCCUAAUAACCCAAAAUGCUUUAGUCAGAGGCUGGAAGACGUCACUUGUUUUUGGGAGCAGGAAGAUCUUAGUAAAGACAACGUGACGUAUGAAUUCCACUACAAAUUGCAGGAGGAAGUGAAAAAAUUAUGCAAUCUCUCUGAAGAAAAGACAGAGAAGAACACAUCCUUUUACAUUUGCAAAUUCCCCUUUGUGGAUGUGGCAUUUUUUAUUCCUGUGGAAAUUGAAGUCAUUGCCUCCAAGACCCUUCUGUACAACGGAACAAUUGAAGUCAUUGCCUCCAAGACCCUUCUGUACAACAGAACUAUCUACGUUGAUCAAGUUGUUCUCCUGGACCCUCCGACAAACCUGACUGUCAGCCAGAUGGGAAAUCCAGGGCAGCUUUAUGUCCAGUGGACACCACCAAAACUUUCACACCUUGGCAAUAGCAUUAAAUAUGAGGUCAGCUUCUCAGUAGUUGGGGAAAGCAUUCAAAAGGUUUAUGUCAUUGAGAAAAAGACUGAAUGCAUGCUUUUGAACCUGAAGCCCCAAACAAAAUAUUCCAUCAGCAUUCGAGCAAAACCCGAUGGAGUCAGUUACGAUGGAUACUGGAGUGCUUGGUCAGAACCAGUGACUGAACUUAUGCAAAAUGAUAUGGAUCCUUUAAUCCUGUCCCUCUCCAUCAUCUUGGCGCUGAUUGUGCUUUCUCUAAUAUCAAUCAUCCUGAUAACGCAUCGAAGGAUGCUGAUGAGCAAGAUGUGGCCAUUGAUCCCGAGCCCAGAGAAGUCAUUUGAAGGACUGUUCACUGUGUACAAAGGAAAUUUUCAGGAAUGGAUGGGAUCAAGCAACAACUACUUGUGGUGGAAUCCUCACUUCCUCUACAUGGAAGACCUGCCAGUUUCACUGGAGAUCCUCUCAGAACUUCAAAACAGAUUACCCAGUCUUCCGCGGAAAAGAGGUCACCACCUGUGCAUGGAAAAUUCGCCCUUGUUCAUUCCAAGUAGACAUAACAUCACAGAUAUUCAUCAACAAGCAAAACCUUCAGUGGUGGUUGAUGCACCCGUGGAUCCAAGAAAUGGCUACGUGGUGCUUAAUGAGAACUUUGUGCCCUGCACUACCAUCAGCAGACAAAGUUAUGGUGACCAGGAUGUAUCAGAUGAGGAUAUGCCACUUGGUUUACUUUUUGCGGAGUCAAAUAGGAGCAAAGCACUCUCUAGUGAGGAAGAGCAAGAAUCUUCACAACAAAGUUCUAUCUCCUCUAGCAGAUCUGGUGACCCGAGUCCAGUGGCUCAGGAGGGCUUGGAUUCAUCACCAAGUUUUGAAUACACAGUUUUUGACCCAGCUGAAGAGCUUCUGUACCCCAAGAGGUGGAAAUCAAACAUGGAUCCCAAGUAUGCUUAUCAAAUGUUAUCAGACUCUGGCAUAUCGGCUGGUUACAGUACAACAGAUGGAUGUUCAUACACUGGGAAUGGUCUGACUGGCUUCUAUACAAACUUAUCCAAAAACAGAGUACAUAAUGAAAGACUUCCACAAAGGCCUGCAGUUUACCCACAAUGCUGACAAACAAGACAACACAACUACUGACUUUAUGCAGUUCUAAAAUUAAGGGUUAAUGUACCCUUGUGUGCUAUGCACCUGCAACAAAAACCUUCUGGGUGGCUAAUUUUUUGGUGCUGUAUGCAUAAGAAGUCUUUUCCAUACAAGGAACUGACUGAAUUAGCAUGUAGUAGUAACUGCAUAAAUCUGCAUCUGUCUGGUGGUUGUACAUGAAGAAAGACCAAAAAGAAAAGCAAACAAAUGGAUUAUGGAACAGACCACAUUUUUUGGUACAUCAAGGGUAUCACAGAGUGGAAUGUUGGCUCCAUCAGACUUAAAAGAAAACAUGCUAAGAGUCUGAUCAUUUUAAAUCUAUUUUGAAAGAUGAGAUGACAGAGGGUGUUAAAAUUCAGAGACAAAUUGUGUCUUUCCAUUACUGAACGGCAUGGAAAAUAUGCCUUGAACUGAAUGGUCAGAAAUAUAAAAACCCAUGAUGCCUCUCACUGUUCUCUUCUGUUGAUAACUACUAUUUCCCUGAUGAUAAAUCCUAAAAUAAACUGUCUGUAGGAUGUAUAUAUACUAUUUCCCUGAUGAUAAGUCCUAAAAUAAACUGUCUGUAGGAUGUA